CAGAUCUCUUAAACAAUUCUUUCAUUAAUCUGAACAUCUGUCAAAUUUUUAUCCUCAAAACAGACAAAAUGGCCUCCGCUCUGCUCUGUAACAGCUUCGCCGGUGCCUCCCUCAGGAGCGCCGUGCCCACUGCCGGCAAGGGCAACCGUCAGGUCACCCGCGCUGCCAUCGAGUUCUACGGCCCCGACCGCGCCACGUUCCUGGGCCCCUUCACUGACACCCCCUCAUACCUGAAUGGCGAGUUCCCCGGUGACUACGGCUGGGACACAGCCGGCCUCUCCGCCGACCCCGAGACCUUCGCUCGCUACCGCGAGAUCGAGGUCAUCCACGCUCGCUGGGCCAUGCUCGGAGCCCUGGGCUGCGUGACCCCAGAGCUGCUCGCCAAGAACGGCGUCUCCUUCGGCGAGGCCGUCUGGUUCAAGGCCGGCGCUCAGAUCUUCGGCUCUGACGGCCUCAACUACCUGGGCAACUCCUCCCUGGUCCACGCCCAGUCCAUCAUCGCCACCCUGGCCUGCCAGGUGAUCCUGAUGGGCGGUGCUGAGGCAUACCGCGCAGCCGGUGAGGGCCCCGGCCUCGAGGGCCUGGACUCCCUGUACCCCGGUGGCCCCUUCGACCCCCUCGGCCUUGCUGACGACCCGGACACCUUCUCCGAGCUCAAGGUCAAGGAGAUCAAGAACGGCCGUCUGGCUAUGUUCUCCAUGUUCGGAUUCUUCGUGCAGGCCAUCGUCACCGGCAAGGGCCCCAUCGAGAACCUGUCCGACCACUUGGCCGACCCCGGAGUCAACAACGGCUUCGCCGCCGCCACCAAGUUCGCUCCCUGAAGAUCUCCUAAUCUGAGCAAUUUCUGACCCCCGUGGAGUCUGUCUGUUUCCCCUCCCAUUGAGCCGCACAGCGUUUCUGUGUGGCCAUGGCUGCUUCCCUGUCUGUUUGCAAGCGAUUGUGGUCAUCUGUGCCUCUGCAUGGAGCGUGCAACAGCCCCUGUGAGAGUCGAUCCAUCCUGUGUAUUCACCCGAGAAGACUAGCUGUCUUGACCAUUGUCGUCAUGUAAAAAUCUCUUUGACUGAUGUGGGAGUGUCGCUGUCAAGAGCGUAGUCUCUGUAGAGAGAUAUCAACACGUC